AUGGAGACUGCUGAUAUUUAUAGAGCUAGUAGUAGUUUAAGAGGUAGUUUAAGAGCAGUUUCGUCAGUAUGGAGAAACAGCAUUACUGUGAAAGCACUUUCAAGAUCUUCAAGAGAAGAAGAUGAUGGAGAGGCUCUAAAAUGGACUGCCCUUGAGAAACUACCUACUGACGAUCGUUUAAGGAAAGGUAUAUUAACGAGUGCAUCAAGAGUUUGCUCCACCAGUGCUAGGAAACUUACAAGUACUGAAAAUGGUUCUUUUGAGGAUGAGAAAAACUUGUUUCGCGGCCCUAGGUUAGGUGGUGGUGGAGGAGGAGGUGGAGGGUUUGGGGGUGGAGGUGGCGGUGGGCUAGGCGGUGGAGCGGGAUUUGGUGGGGGUGCUGGUGGUGGGGCUGGAGGUGGAUUGGGAGGAGGUGCUGGUGGGGGUGGCGGGUUAGGAGGUGGUGGAGGUGGAGGAGCAGGUGGCGGUGCUGGUGGCGGGUUUGGAGGUGGUGCUGGUGCUGGUGGUGGGAUUGGUGGUGGAGCUGGAGGUGGAGGAGGGUUUGGAGGAGGAGGUGGUGGUGGACUUGGUGGUGGAGCUGGUGGUGGGUUUGGUGGUGGUGCUGGUGGCGGAAUUGGAGGCGGAUUUCCUUGA